AACUUUCGACCUCAGCCAGAGGCUUCAACAUACUGGCAGUGUCUACGGUAAACCACUGUAAACUAAUUAGUAGUGGUUAUUUGAGUAUUACCAACAGCGAGGAGAAGGCGCCACGUGUGGGCCUACGAUUUCGCGGGGGCGGGCGCUUUGCGCCGCCCCACAUCGAAAGCAAUUCCAGCCGGAUGGUUUAUUAACAUCUGGAGAAGCCAAGCAUGAUGUAGACUUGAACCCGCAUAUCAUCCCUCCCGAUCCGUACACGUCAGAUUGUGUAAAUGUCUCGCCAAAUAUUGACGAUCUCCUAGUGACUGAGGAAUACGAAGAAGACACGAUGAGUGCGGGUGAAGAUGAUCCAUUGUCUGGUUUAAACGGAAGGCUGAGACCUAGAAAGUCACUUGUUUCUAGCUCUCAAAAUAAGGCUAUACGUAAAACUGGCGGCAAAAUUGCACAAGACCGACCUAAACGGACAAGCAUCUCGUCCAAAGCGUCGCCAAACAAACAAGAUGAUCUCUGUGUCAAGUCUGAUUUCUCAUCCACUCCGCAAUUUCUGUGCCCUUACUGUGACAAGAAAUUUGCAUCCAAACAAACUGUGUCCAAGCAUGUGCGUCGCAUGCAUUUCUCUGCAUCUAAACAAGAUGCCUUUCAAUGCCUUUUUUGUAACCAUGCUGAAGCGGAGUCUAAUAUCAUCCGCCACAUGGUUGACAGUCACCCAAAUCAAUAUUUCGCUUGUUUGGAGUGCCAUACGAGGUUCCCUUCUACCUCUGAAUUGGCUGAACAUAAAUUGAAUGUUUGUGAAAAACAAAAGGUUCCUCUUUAUCGUAACAAGUUGCGUCAAAAGGGGACAAAGAAGUCAAAGAAAUCAUUGAAUGUAGACGGAAAGAACAAUUUCCGUAAGGAUGAUAAAAAUUUUCAAGACGGACACGGCUUUAAUGGCAUUGUCAUAUCUUGUGAACUGAAGCCGUCACAGGUGCACGACGAAGCCGAUAUUGAGGACAAUAUAACAACCAACUUGAUUUUGCCGCCAAGCAAAAAUUUGGGUAAUAAUCCAGUAAUCGAAAAAAGUGCGGUAAUUGUUCUUGAUGACAUACAGUGGAAUAAACGACUUCCGCCGAAUUUUUCUUUUCAAAACACUGAUCCCGAUCAGAUCCUGUCAAGAUUAGGGGUAGUGCACAGGUCACCGAGGACUAACGAAUAUUCAAGAAGGGAUUGGAUCAAAGCGUUUGAUGAAAGCACUUUAAAAUUCGAGAGAUGUUUUGAUACCAACUUCUACUCUAAGGUGGCGGGUAACGUCCAGGAAAAUUUGUCCAAAUUUCUUGACGGAUCAUUUAACUUUAAUCCCGAUCCGGAUAAUACCAUUAAAACAAGGAAGCCUAAAAAUAUCAUUAAUGCUGCUGAGGGCUUUCCGAUACUCUUGGCUUGCGAACAGUAUUCUCGCAAUAUACUGGACGGAUACUUGCCACGCGCCAUUGCACCGAAGCAUAAGUGGAAGUGGGAUAAUUUAGACAAUGACAAAAACCUGAGCCCAGACCAGAUUCGUAGGAACUCUCACAUAAACAACUGCAUCGUAACUCUUGUAUCAAACUUGGAUAUAUGGACUCAACUGUGUAUGAGGCGUAAAUUCGAAAAUAAAUUCAACCACGGGCCCCCAGAGAAAAAGACAGAAAAACAAAAUAUUAUCAGUAAGGAGUUGAAAGAAAUCCUCGAGAGUAGGGAAAUACCAACAACGUCACAGGUGGUUGUCAAAUAUGCAGGCAAACCGAUGCCUCAUCGUGAAGGACUUGAUUUCCCCGCUUCUUUGGGGCUUACUCCAUCAGCGCCGAAAUAUGAGUUGCAGCCAUCGGUGUUGAGUGGUGAAUGGGUUCGCCCUCGCUGCUAUGUGUGCUGCGCGUGUGGUUCGCAAACACGCGAUCCUCGCGCGCUUUCUGCGCACAUGUCUAACGAGCAUCCUAACGCCAGCGUACAACAUUACGAAAUUGUCGGGGAGCCUCUUCUAAAUGCUGAUAUUCUAAAGCACUUGUAUGUUCCUCCGACCCAAAUAUGCAAUAGAACUAGACCACUGAGAGGUUACAGGGACUGCACGAAAUGUAACAAAUCUAUUUCCCUGGAAGACUUACACCAGCAUAUGUUGGAUUGUGCUGGCGACACACCGACUGUACGCCGCCGCCACAGUCGUCCCCGACCUUUUGGGGUACGCAGGCGACGACCACGCUUACCUGACAAUACCAUACGCAAAAAGAUGCGCAAAGAUAUUCGAGGAAGACAAAGACGUCAGAAGAGUCAUAUGAGACCAAGGCCCAGACCUAGACCACGAAGUGAAGUUGGUGACGCUGAAACUAUUCGAAAAAUGCUCGCUGACUUGCCGGCAAAGCGUCACCGUGUUAUGGUAAACCCUGUGAACAUGCUGUCACGCCCACGUCGAAUGUUAGAACAAAGAACCAAGUUGAUUUUGAAGAAACGCCCUUCAGAAGAUCUCAAAAACAGGAGGCGCAUUAGAAAAGAAACCAAAGAUGCAAAGCAGGGAGAGCCUUCUACCGGCGGUGAAAACUCUAAUGAAAAGAACUUGAAGCAAGAACUUGAUGAUGAAGAUAAUAAACCACUAAAACGCAUGAUUAGUACGCGAAAGCUUCAACACAAGUCAAUUAACAGGAAAAAUAUUAUGAAAAGAGCUAAAAGGAGGUCCAUCCGUGUUGAACAAAGGAAGAAUACUGAAAAUAUCGAUGCUCCAGCUACAACUAGCGUUGACGAAGUACCCACUGCAGACACACCCCAAAGGAUUGAUGUUAAUAGAGGACCUUACAAUACCCGCGAGCAAGCUAAUCGUGGUGGUUCCAAUCGCCGUGAAGAGCAACGACCGGGAUGUAGCGGCUCAAAUGGUAAUGCUAAUAAUUUCUGCGCUCCAGCCCAAAACGUACCACCUUUGAAGCAUUCGAUAGCCCGAUUAACAGCAAAUUCCGAAACUCACGACAAGUCGGUGCAGUUUCAUCAUUCAUUUUUGGUGCAGCAAGAAUGCAACAAUACGGAUCAACAUCUCCCCUCUGGACAGCGCACGCUUUUUGAAAAUGAAGCUGUAGUUACUAAACUAGACAAACCACCCUUAUAUAGUACAAAGGGGUCACUCGAUCUGUACGCUCUACAGAAGAACAAAUUAAAUAAACCAAGAAAAGGGUUAAAUGAUUGUAUUGCAAUGUUGAAAAAUAAACUGGUGGAACCUGAACCUCAUCGCGGUGCACUUACAAGUCAUAUAUCUGUCCAGUGUGGUAGCGAUGAGCCCAUAGAUGUGGGACUACCGCCACUGAUCAUCAAACAAUUACCACAAAUCGAUGAAUCGACGUUUCAAAUCCCGGUUAAUUCUCAAAGUAAAUCAGUUCAGACAAAUGAAAAACAGCACUUUGGUCAGAAAAAACAAGACAAGCGCUGCAAAAGUGUACCGAUUCAACCAACAGACGUUGAUAUUCCAAAUGAAUCUAACAAUCCCAGCGCAUCUUUAAUAGAAAGAUCGACUACGCACAUCGAAAUACAAGGAUUACACGAAAACCCUAUUAAACUUAAUCCGGAUAUUGAAAUAAUCCCUGUGCAUUCACACAUUGAAAAUGUAAAUGUUACCGCCAGAACGGAGCAAAAACCACUGCAAGAUAACUCACUUGCUCCAAACCAGACAACAAUAGAUACAGAAACACUCCCUGUCAAUGAUCAAAGCAAUGACAAAGAGGUAACACCACUCAAAACGUGCACUGACCCUUACACAAAUGUUCAAUGGCAAAAAUCACUUGAAAUAGUAGCAACCACAAGCAAAACUUCGGGUCCUAUACCUCAAGUGAUCCCAACUACAAGCAAAACUUCAGAUCCGUCUGUGGAGAAGCAAGUUGAUCAUAAUAUAAAUAAUCAACCUUACAACUUAAGCAAUGAUUUUUCUGAAAGUUUGAUAUCUCAAAUAGUACCAGAUGCUGGUUUGGACUGCAGACAAAUGCCUCUAGUGUCAUAUACUGAGAGAACUAUUGACAUUGUAGCAGCAAUACCUCCAGCACAUGCAAAUUCUAGUGUCGACUGUCCUCUGGACCUAUCCAGUAAAAUUUUUACAACGUGUGAGACAGCGAUUUCUGAAGACCUCUCUAUUAGGGAUGGUGCGUGUAUGGUAUGUAAUUACGACGAUAUUUACGCAACUUUAGAUUUAUCAAAUAAAGGAAUUGACGCGAUAACUGAAGAUACUCAAGAACUUGAUACAGUGGUCGAUUUGCGUGUGAAGUCAACACCAUUGGAGAGUUCAAUUGAAACAUUAGAUUUAUCCAUUAACACUGACAUGGGGCCCGAUUUAUCUGUUAGAGGAACAGAUACAGAAAACGAGCCCACUGAUUUAUCUAUACGGGGAAGAGGUACUUCCAUGUCAAUAGAUUUAUCAAGUAAUACUGUAGAAGAAAGUGACAUAGACUUCGUCCAGGACUUGUCUACACGAACUACUCUUCGAGAAAGCGAAUGCAAUAAUUUUUCUUGCGAAGAGAAUAUCUCCCCAACCGAUUUAUCGGCAAAGAGCGUACAAGUUUUAGUAAGUGGAAAUAACUACACGAAUCUUACUGAAGCUACUAAUUUAGUAAUAAGAAGUGAACGAAGCAACUACGAUGCAUUUGAUAAAAAAUCGAUUUUCCAGCAACAAUCUGAAACGGUCACAAAGUUACCUAAUGAAGGCAGUAAUGGUCAAGAGAAUCCUUUCAAGUCAAUACAGUCUCGAGUGGCAGAUAAAUCUUGCACGUUGAUUCCCCGAUCUGCUUAUAAUUCAAACUUAAAGGUACCGCAAUUUAAAACUAGAUGUCCUACCAAUGAAAAGGCAGUAAAUUGCGUUGAGGUUGCAACUAUAAAGCCAAUGUCAAAACAAAUUAAUUCGUCUGACUGCGUUUCUCUGAGGCAAGAUUCAUCUAUUUUUAAGGUAUAUUCCACUAAUGAUGGUUCUACUCCAGCUUUGUUACCAAGUGCUUCAAUUAAAAAUGCUGUGCGAACUGUCUCUGGAACUGUUCCAGGGUAUUUGUUAUCUAAUCGAGCAACAACGGCCUCUAUUGGAAAACUCGAAAGUACUAUGCCAGUUUAUGCGUUGGCUAAUACAUGUAUAUCUGUGACGAAAAUCGAACCUUCGACGUCAGUGACAUUGACCAAUUCACUUCUAAGUGUCGCUGGUACGACCAUAGCAAGCACAAUACCUGUAUAUACAUUGGCAGGCACGACAGUCGCUACACCGGAAGUUCAUGCUGCUGUAGAAGCAGAAUUAAAAAACUAUUCCAUAAACAGAGAAUAUGCUCCAUCUUGUGAGUCGUCAAUUUGUGAAUCCGAAACUCUCAAUUGCGAAACAGAAAAUAUAGAUAAAGAUUUGACAGAAGAAGAGAAAGCUCAACUUAUUAGUGACAUGUUGAAAAGCUUAACUCCUGAGAAAGCACAAAAGAUUUUUGUGCUUCCGGACCACAUUAAGUUAAUAUUGGCAAGGAUGCAACCCGAUCAUAGAAAUCAGUUGAUGAACGUGUUACCACAGUUUCAACCCACCACUAACGAUGUAUCACUGAUUUCCAGUAAUGCGCCACAUACUGUGACUUCGGCCACUUCUGAUAUAAUAACAUUUCAGAUCCAACAUGCCGUAAGUUUAUCAAAUAUUGUUUGCUCAGCAUCAACUUCCCAACAGGCAUUAAAUAUUAAUAUGCCUUCAUCAAAUUUACCGAAAGCAUUUGUAUUACCAAUUACUUCGGCACCAACAUCCCUUACCGGAAGUGAAGGUCAAGCUGUCGAUCCAGAUUUACGCAUUUCAAAAGUUGUCAAAGAAGAAUUAUUUACAAUAGAUACAGAUCAAUUUUUGGUAGAUCCUGCAAGUGGGUUAGUUGCUGGUAGAUCGAAUGAGUCCAAUCGCAAUUGUGUUAUUGAUUUGACAAAGGAUGAGAACGUACCAACAGCAGUUGAUCUAGUGAAAGCAGCUGGAGAACUUUCUCAAGCUUUAUGUCAAGAUCAACCAACGCUACCUGUUCCAAAAACUGUAAGACAGAGGAGCAAUGAUCAGACUGCUAGUUUAAGAGCAGUUCGUAUAAAAGCGCCGUCGGAAAGGCACAAAGAAAUUCAGUUGUCGAAAAGAGCGUCUGAGGAACAAAGUCCAUCAUUCACCCAAAAUGAUACGGCGGAUAAUGAUGUAAAUCAAAUAUUGGAAUCUGGAAUUCCUUCAGCUGUACAACAAGUCGAAGUAAGUAAUAUGAAGCACCACAAGACAAGUAUGCCUACUGAUUCUAAGCUAACAGUCACGUUGCCGCCUGUCGUAUUAAACUUAGAUGGUAUUACUACACGUACUCAAGAACACAGCCCGGCUACAGUCGUUCCAGUAAAAAAAGAUCACGAAAAUGUCGUUUAUAAUCAGCACUCUGGUUACAAAUCUUCUGUAGUCAAUUUAUCUGUUAAUGCUAAUAGUAGACGUCUCUCCAAUGUUGAACAAAACCAAGACGAUGUCCAUGUAAAUUCCAAAUAUGCGGCUACUUCUAAGCAAGGCCCUAAGAAUUUGGUUUCUGAAGCGUGUUCGUCUAAAAAACUAAAAGUCUCAGACGAAAAUAAUGUAGAAGACAUCGACAUAAGAUCGCAAACGAAUGCUGACGAAGUUCAAGGUGUAACCAAUAUAAAGACCUUAUUUGAAAAUGAUGAUGAUAAGAAUACGCUGGAUGAUGAAGAUUCUGAGGAUGAUGUCUCUUUGGCGAUAAUAGUUAAGAAAAAGCACGAUGAACUAAUCCUCAAAUCUCAUACCAAGAAGUGUCAUGAAAACAAACACUCUCAUAAAAUGACCUCGGGAAAAAAGAAGAAAAAAGAAAAGAAAUCCACUAAAGCACAUAAUUCUAAAAAACGAAAGAAGUCAAAAAAUUUGAAAAACGAAGAAGUAGAAAGCGUUGUUUCUUUAACUGACCUACCAAAUGAUGAAGUUGUUUCUGAUGACACUGAAGGCAAUGACAACAUAACGGAUGACAAUAAAAAUUUGAAGAAGAAAUGUAAAUUAACAAGUCCCCAGUUAAGUGCAGUCGAUACAGAAUUGCAGGGGCAACCGGACAUAGAUAAAGACAAAGAAAAUUACAUUGUUCCCGACGGCACUAAAACGAAUGUAGCUCCUGAUGUUAGCACGGAAACCUUACAAACAUCAGACAAAAGUGGUAGUAAAUCUAUUGAAGUUGAAAUCGUACGACCACAAUCAGCAUUAAAUGAAACUUCAGUAAAAACGACGAAUGUUAAAGAAAGCACGGAGGCUGCCAAAGCAUCUCUGGUGAAAUUGCAGAAAGAUACAAACGAAGAUCUCGAUGAUACUAAAGACUCUUCUUCUUCAGACCUAAUAGAAAAAUCACAGAGCGUUAACGACAUAGUCAUACAAAAUGAAAUAUGCGAAAACGAAACAAAUGUACAGAAAUGCGUUGCAACCUCUGCAAUUGAAGAAAAAGUUAUCUUAAGUUCUUGCGAGUUAAGCAAAAAUGUGCAGGGCAAUGAAGACACUCUACCUGGAAGCAGCACUCAGGACGCACAAGAAUUGGUAGCAUCGUCAAGUACGCAAUUUGAAAAAAAAUCAGUUUUGCUAAAUGACGAUAAAAAUAAAACGUUUUGUUCUAAGACAAUCAAAGAUGUUAAAAGCUUCCAAAUGAUAGUCACAAAUGAUCUUCCGGCAAACUGUGACGUUGAAGAAAAUGUUGCAUUGCCCUUAAGACGAAGCCGACGAGGCAAAACACUUUUCGUCGAGACCAAUGUACCAGACCACGAGAAUUCAACAACAACUUCAGAAAACCCUACAGAGAAGACUCCUUUAACUAAGAAACAGCUAAUUUUUUCAAAGUUAUUACUUGACGAAGAAAAUCAUAACAAAUGUCCCGAAGCUAUCGGUAAUGAAAACACAAUUCAUAAAGACGAAGAGGUUUUAAAUACUGAAGGCACUACAAAUGCAACAAGUAAUUGUUUUGAGCCUUUAGAAAAAAGUAGAUCUACGAAGCGAAAGAACCCACCGCAGUUGAAACGGAAAUCUAAAAAGAAAAAAUCUCUGGAUUUAGGAAGCUAUAAACGACACGAAACAAACGUAAACAAUUCAGACAAAGUAAAUCAACAGGCAGUAGAUGAUAAUACCCUUAAUAUGACAACAGAUAUCCAGUUAAAGGAUAGUGUAAUUAAUACCGAAAUGGUUGAUACUGGUGAAAGCGACCAUGUACUAUCACAGGAGGAUUCGAAUAAACAAACCGCAGAAAUUUCUUUAAAAGUAGAUGAAAUAACCAACAUUGAAGUAGACAACGCCAGCUUGAUUUCGAAUGUAAUUUCUGAAGAGUCGUGCAACAAACUUGAUAAUAGUAAAAUAAAUUAUGCAGAAAAAAGGAAACUGAGUACUGCUGCAAAUGUCAAUUCUACUCCAAAACCGAAAAGGACUAAACUUAAUAAGAUAGAUAGCGACAAAGUGGAUGAGCCAAGAAAAUGUGCACGUGUUAGUGCAGACUCCGAAACAGGUUAUGGAAAAGAAGGUGCGAGUUAUACAGCUUUUGCCGCGAAGAGAACUCGAUCGAAAUCUGUAAUUGUGAAGUCAUCUAGUUCAGAUUUUUAUGACCCAUAUGAUAUUGAUUUAGAUGACGUACCGGAGAAGGCUGAACCUUUUAGGAAAAAUUAUUCCAAGUUCAAAACUAAAAACAUUUCAAAACCAUGUACAAUUGUGAGCACAGAGGCUAUUGAAACGCAAAUAUCAUCAGAAUGUAAUAUCGAAUCAUCAGAAGCAAGUCUAAUCUCUCACCCAGUCACAGAAAUAAGUGAUUCGCGAAAAGAUGAUCAUAACUACCAGAAUAAAAACGAGGUGAAAAUGACUGAUAGUAGACCCAAUCUUGAUACAAUAGUGCAUACAGAAGUUGAGGAUAAUGUAAACGAUUCUGACGAUUCGUCUAAGAGCGAUGUGCCUCUAAAAAGAUAUGUAGAAGAAAAAGGGAAAAAAAUAGAUAGUUCCAAAAAGGAACACCAUAUUGCUAGCGGCUCCUCGGGAGAAACAAAUGAACACAACUGCAACGAUGAAAAUGAGAAAAACAGAACUUCAGUAACAGUUGAGAACUCUAGUAAUUUAGCCCGAGAAACUGAAGAACAACUUCGCUCCGAACAAUUUAUGGAAAGUUUUGGUUUCUUCUCUGAAAGAAAGCCUCGAAAGUCGAAUUUAUUAGCAUCUAAGAAAAUCUCGGAAACAUUCCACAUUAUAGCAAAUGAAAGUGAUGACGUAUACUUCGGAUUUAAAGAGCGAACUUCGAAAAAAAGACUAAAUGAAAACAGAAAAUCUAAAGAAGGAGAAGGUACAGAAUCGCAAUCGAAGACGAAUGUAAAACGUGGCCGUAAAAAGAAAUCUUGCACAUCUACGGAAACAUGUUAUUGUUACAUUUGCAAAAAAGAAUUUCGUCGUCCCGAUAAUUAUCUAAGACACCAGAUGACUUUGCUUCAUAUAUCUAAACUGUCAGAAGUAGAAUUGAGAGUCAAAACUGUUCCAGUUCCAGAAGAACCUAAUUAUUUGAUUCCUUACAAACAACAGUUAGACCGUCUCAAAAUACUAACGCGGAAAUUGGCUAAGCAAAAAAAGAAUUCUAAAUCUAAAAUUAAACUUCCGACACUAGAAGAAAUUUUAGAAAACGUUAAUAAAACAGUAAGAGAACAACAGCUUUCACGAACUAAUAGAAGUCUUAGUAGAGAUGAAGCCCUCUUCAUUGACUGUUGUGAGCUUUUAAAAGAAUCUCAUAAGAAUGAACCCGCACCUAACCCAGAAACUUUACCAAUGACGGCAGAUGUAACUUUUGUAAGUGUUGCCCACUGUUCUAGAUCUGGAUUAGAGCUAAUACCCAAGACUGACACCAAUGAUGGCGAUGUUGAUUCUAUAACAGCUAAAACGAUAUUAGAAAGCGAAGAAGUGCGAAAUCUAGAAAACGACUUAAUUUCUGGACUAAAAGAGGCGGCUGAAGCUGCUAAUGCAGCACAAUCGCAAAUGGCCAUGAGCUACCAGCACUCAUUGCACAAUAUUCCUUCAACGGUUGUUGACGGCAAUGAAAAUCUUAAUAUGUCUGAGGAAGACGUCUCACCCUACGACGAAAAGAAGAACGGGGAAGAAAAUUUUGAUACUACAGAAGAAAUCCUUACUAAUACACACAGAAAAUACCCAGAAAUUAAAGAAAAAAUGUACCCAGAUAUUGAGGAAAUAGAUGUGUUUGAAGACAAGUUUGAUAAAAUCAAAAGGAAAUGCAGAUCGCAAGCAGCUGCUGCAAAACAUAUGCAACCUAUUAUUGAAUCAAGUGGCGGGCACAAAGGACGUAAGAAAUCUGACAAGAAGAAAGGAAAAAAGAGCUCUAAGAAGAACAGUCAGAACACAGUGUUGACAAAGGGAGCUUUGAAGGGCUUUGACGGUAUCAAGGUAUCUAUUCCAACGUCAGAUAUUAAUCUAUCUGCUAUUGCUCCACCUACGGAAGCGCAUGUGAAAAAGAAAAGGAAAAGUGGUAUUAAAAAGAAGAGAGAUAAAAAGGAAUCUGAAUCGAGUAAUAAAUACGACAGUGACAUUAAGCUCAAGGAAAGCAGUGCAUCUCAGAAAAAAGUUGAUGUUUAUGAGUUUAUGGACAACGAAGACGCGGAACUCUUUGAAUUUAGACCGUCGACCUUGAUGGAAAGAUUCAAAAGUAUCAGUAGCAAAGAGAUGCCAUCAACUUCAAAGAUUAACCCCACGGCCGUCAUAGAGGAGAAGUCGAGUGAAAGCGCAUCCGACGGAGAUGACUUUGUCUAUAUGUCUGAUGAUUAUCUAUGCAGUGACGACGAAACCGAGAACAGCCUAAUGUCCUGUGAAUUGGGUAAUUUGAAAAUCGAAGCCAAGAAAAAUAUAUCACCACUAAAAAGAAAGGAUGUUGUUGAAAAGAAUGCAGUGAUGGGUAAAAUAUUUAAACAUAACGCUGUUCGAAGUGAGAAAAAGUGUACAAAAACCAGGGAAGUCGCUAAACCUAAAGCUAAUCUAGAUCAGUUAUUCGACAGUUUAUUGGAAGAUGAACCUAACUCGUCGCUGCUGUAUAGUACCGAUUCGGUACAGAAAGUAGAAAUUGAUGAUGUACACAAGACUCAAGAGCAGUAUAAAAAAUUCGAAUUAUUGGUGACACCUAAGCCGCGAGAACGCGUUGAUAUUUUGGAUCAGUAUGUAGAGUUUAUGCGAUCACCAAAAAAAGUAAGUUCUCGUAGCCCUGAACAAUCAAAAGAAAGUGUAAGUAAAUCACUACAAAAGUGCGACAUUCCGAAAAAAGCUGAUAAUACGCUUUCGGUAGACUACGGACCAUCUACAUCUAAGAAAGAAGAUUUUACUGUGAGUGAAAUUUAUGGUCCAAGUACAUCCAAAAAAUGUGACCGGUCGUCAAAGAUGGACAAUAAAACUCAGAUGCCAAAGAGACAGGACUAUUCAGCAAGAAAGUAUGACGAUUCUUCAGAGUUUCGCGAUUCUUUAUCAAAAGACAACAAAUUAACCAAAAGUAUCGAAAGUAAAUGUGAAGAAAUGUUUAAAAAGUGUGUAAAUGAAUUAAAUACAAGUGAAGUGUUGGACGAUGCUGGAGUGGCGAGACAGAGAGCUCGCCGAAAGUGCACUGUAGGUAAACAAAACGUGCUGGCGGAGACUUGGAGCUCUGAAUCAGAACCUGAUGAAUUUCCUCCGCGGCCAAACAGUGCCGAGUCAGUUGUUGUAGGUGCUGGCCGCAAGAAGAAGAGUAGGAAGAAAGAUGGACAGCAGUCGGGAGGACGUCGUGGUAAGCAAACAACUUUAAAAAAACAAGAUAUUGAAAGCAGGGUAACUAGUAGUAAUCGCAACACAUCGAGUGGCGACGGGAAAAGCUGUGUCGUUCCAGGCAUGCGAGUCGCCGGAGGUGGUGGCGACGAACGAGAAUUUGGUGAAAGCAGCAGUAGCUCCGCCGUGGCCGGCCCGUCCUCCGCAGUUGAGAGCGCCAUGUCUCCCGCCGUCCCUGGGCCGAGCGGCUGGAAGGGCCGCCAGCGCUCCGCUACCUACUACUGGUCGUCGGAAGGAGACGAAGAACAAGAACAUCUCCAACAGCACGGGUGGAUCGUUGGCGAUAGCCAUAAAAAAUUAGUUACAAUGUUGGCCCAUGCUAAAGGUCGAAAGCGUCAUAACGAUGAGAAGCGCCAUUCUUUAGAGUAAAUUUAGUUUUUAUGGUAUAUUAAUCUUGUAAAUACACUGUACAUACUAUUCUAGCUCUUUACAUAAUGUCAUUUUUCUUGACAUUUUUGACCAGGAUCACUUUGCGUUUAGUUCUGUACAUACUGUAUAUCUUUUUAUAGCAUUAUUUUAGUUAAAAUUUGAAAACUGUGAGGACUGAGUUAUUUAAUUGGUUAUCGACAGCCCUUGCUAUAAAAUAUUUAUUAGGAUUAUUGCUCUUUAUUUAAUAAGAGAGGGACAUUUUCUUAUGUGCGAGGGUGGAUUGAAAAGUUCGCGACCUCUCGUGGAAGUAGUUAUUAUAUUUUUUUUUCGUAUUAUCCUCAUUUAAUUCAUAUAUUCAUUGGUUGUCACUGUGCAAUUUUUUAUUGGUGUAGUGUUUGUAGUUUUUAAAUUAAAGCGAGUUUAAUGAGGUCAAGUGCAGCGCAUUGCAAAAAUAGAGAAUAUUGAACAAUGUGCUGCCAUGAAAUACUUGUUUAAAAAGAGAUUAACACCGAUAGAGAUCCACAGUGACAUGGAAACAACAUUGUGGGAAUUACUAUAAAAAUGAAUCGCAUUCAAACUUGUAAGAGACAGCAUCGCAAAAGACCCUAGGUCUAGCCCGCCCACGGCGUCGGCGACUGAAGAAAACAAGAAAAGUGUGUGAUCUCGUUAUGGAAGUCCAAAAUUUAUCACCAAGGAGAUUGCAGGCAUUAUGGGCAUUUCGUAUGAACGCACAUAAUACAUAACUGUUAUCGAACUUCGAUUUUACAAGGUUUCUGCUAUACCACUGAUUGCUUUCAAUGGACCGAAAGCGCAUUCGGCUCACCAUUUCUCAAGAGACGGAGAUAUUUGAGGCUGAUAUGCAAGAUUUUUUGGACCGAUUUGUGACUGGAUGAAACCUGGUUUCACCACUACACACCAGAGUACAAAUAAUAGUCGAAGCAGUGGUAAAAACCUGAUCAACUCCAAAUAAAGCGAUGGCAGUUUUGGUGGCUGGCCAGGUGAUGGCGUCAGUUUUUUGGGAUAUUCAGGGUGUCAUCAUGGUAGACUACACCGUGAAAGGCGAAAUCAUUAAUUCAGUAUACUAUUGCAUCCGUUUGCGUCGUUUGCGCGAAGAAAUUAGAGAAACUUUCAGGAUUACCCGGGACAAAAGUUUAUUUCAUCAGGAUAAUGCUCGCGGUCACACUUCUGUCGAAUUCAUGGCUAAAAUUCCUUAUUCUGGUUUCAAAUUACUACCCCACUAGGCUUAUUCUCCUCGUUUAGCAACUUGAGCCUUGACCUAGAAGAAUCUUUUUUUUUUUAAUCUGGUGUAGAAUCUUUGGAAAGCAAGUGGAAGAAAUGCAUUGAGCUAGAUGGAGAUCACGUCAAUAAAUAAGAAUAUUUUUAUAAAAAUAAAAUAAAAGUAUUUAACAUUGUUUUCUUGGUUAGGCCGCGAACUAUUCAAUCCACUCUUGUAGUAUUUUUAUAUUUCAGUCCAAUUUAAAGGUUUUUCUCAUAUCGUAUUUAUCUUAUUAAGAUAUUCUAGCUGCACAAUGCACACAGUUGGUAUAAGUCACUCGUGUAUUUUUUUUGUUUGUAAACAGUUCGGUUAAGUUAUUGUGAUCUCAAAGAGUAAGUAACACGCAUAUUAUAAAGGAUGCCUAAAUGUCCCUUUCUUUCGUUCAGUUUUUUUGUGCUUGCCCUUUUUCUCUCAUUGUAGGGCAAAUAAAAGUUAUUGAUGUGUUCGACGCAUAAUAUAUUAAGUGACUGUAACUGUGACAACGUAUGUAUGUAUUUCAAAUGGAAAAGUGUCUAUUGUAGAUUUAUUAUAAUAAUAUAUCUGGGCUGUAUUAAACUACCUACAUCUUAGUGUUUCAAUGUGUAGUGUUUGCUGGGGGCUGAUAACGUGGUCUGCGUGCUAUGGUUUGAGUUAGUUGAUUUGUUAACUAUUUUUAUUCAUUUAGAUAUUUUUUAGUAGUCAAUAAUACAUUAUGAAAUCUCACUAGUCGAAUUUUAAGACUAUAAACCCCAUUAUCAGCCUCGAUAC